UGAUCAUCAAUCAUGACUCCUUGGUCCAUCGCCUGCAUGCCCACUGCUCUCUAUCUAACAAUAACCUCGAUGCGGGCUUAGCCAAAAUGGAAUCUGCCGGGUUUGCCAGCCUGCCUACGCACACGUAUCGUCACGCCACCCACAUGCCUUUGUAGAGACCGAGCUGCUUUCAACUUCGAGAACGACUAGAGUUGGACCAUGUCCCAAGGAUACAUUGUGCAACAGCGUUAAUAGGCUCAUCUAUACGUCCUUGACUACUUCUCCUGCUUGAUGGGUAUAAGAAUCGGUGAAGAGGGCACAGCACAGUGGCCUGAGCUCGUGCCAGGAUGUUGUCAUAUCUUGUUCUGAGGCAGAACGUCUGAUCGAGCGACUGCCAGCUCUGAAGGAGCAUGGCAUAACUGCUCGCUAACUGCACGGCGCGUUGAGUGGACCAGGUCCUUACCCCCAGAACCCGCCUUGGGUGCCACCUUAUCCCACAAGCUUUGAUGGAUACUGUGCCCCGAAUUCCAGCCAGACCGUGGGAACGUUCGCAGGGCCGACCCUGCCGUCUUACAACGAUCUUCUCAAGCGGAAUGCCUUUGUCAGUCGGCAAGGCUCCCAAUUGGAGGUGCUCGGACAGCCUUUCAGGAUGGUUGGACCAUCUGUAUACUGGCUUGGAUUGGAUGAAAACGUGAUCCCAGAUCCAAGCUAUCCCUCUAAGACGAGAGUACUAGAGAUUAUGGGGAUCGUCUCAGCUAUGCGCGGCACCACCAUCCGCUCUCACACUCUCGGCAUCUCGUUCGGAAAUAUGUUGUCGGUGGAAUCGAGCCCAGGAGUGUAUAAUCAGACCGCGUACGAAGCGAUCGAUUUUGCUAUUCUUGCCGCUCGUAUGUACGGUAUUAAAUUAAUGAUUCCUUUGGUUGAUAAUUACAAUUGGUAUCAUGGUGGCAAGUAUCAAUUCAUUGGCUGGGACGGCUUUGAGUGGUCUGGUACUGGUGCAGCCAUCACCCCACCCGAUGUCGGUGCUCAUUUCUAUAAUACCACAUCCAUAGUGAACAUGUUCACAGCCUACAUUUCUGAACAUCUGAACCAUGUUAAUCAAUAUACUGGCAUCGCGUACAAGGACGAUCCCACGAUCAUGGGUUGGGAGACUGGAAACGAAUUAUCGGCGGUAAUCUACGCGGAUGGCCCGGCACCUCCCGAAUGGACAGCCCACAUUUGUGGUUUGAUCAAGUCCUUGGCGCCCAACCAUCUUUGUGUCGACGGGACUUACGGAUUUUACCCAGAAACGGGCCAACUCAACGUGACCGAGGUGGAUAUUUUCUCCGAUCAUUUCUAUCCUCGAGAUAUUGCUCGUAUCUAGGCUGGAUAUGCACUAACAAAGGCCGCUGACCGUGUUUACCUUGCUGGGGAAUGGGACUGGACUGGGCAAUACGGAGGGGACAGUAUUGAAGAUUGGGUGGCGGCGAUCGAAGCUGCCCAAGGCGCGGGAGAUCUCUUUUGGUCGCUCUUCGGCCACGACGAUAAGUGCUGCCUAUACGUUGAACACAAUGAUGGCUAUUCAUUUUACUAUCCCGGCAGAGAUGAGGAUAUGAACCAACGCGCUAUAAUCAUGACUCAGCAUACUUACAGAACGAAUGCGGUCACACCACCCGAGGUCGUGCCGGCAGUCGCCUGCCCCCAGUACAACUUUAGCACCCUGGUCUUCCCGUCUGGUCUUGGGCUCGAAUGAUCGGCAAAUUCCCAAGGGACACA